UUUCAACAAAUUAAUAAUAUGUUCAUCAUCUUCCCUCUUCUCUCUCUAUCUCUUGCUCCUCCUUCUCUCUUUAUCUUCCCACUUCUCUCUAUCCUUCUUCCAGCAUUUUUAGUUUUGUUUUUUGUGUUUUUUUGAAAGAAACAGUUCGGAACCAUUACGUAACGGUGCGUAACAGGUCGUUACGACUGUUACCGUUACGACCGCCACGGCAGCCGCUACAACCGACACACCUAUGAAUCUUAAUCACACUGCAAAAGCGGCCAUAACGGGUGGCGGUAACCACCAAAACUGUUACGUAAUGGCGUUACGUAACGGUUGCGGCCGCUUUUUAAAACCUUGCUUCUAACUUUUUUUGGUGCUCUUAAAUCCUGUUGCAGAGUAUUCCCUUUUUAUCGUCUCUUCUCAAGCGCAUCGAUCGGCUUUUGCAAUUUGACAGGCUUAUGCCAAGCUACAAUGGUAUCUUGAUGAUCAGCUGCAUCCGAACAUUAACUCAAGUCGCACUGAAGCUUUCUGAAUUCAUCCCUCUUGAUCGUGUGAUUGAACUAAUCAAACCAUUUCGGGAUUUAAAGACAAUGUGGCAAGUCAGAAUUGAAGCAAGUGAAGCUCUCCUUGAUCUUGAGUUCCACUGUAAAGGCAUUAAUGUGGCAUUAAUGUUGUUCAUUAAAUACUUAGAAGAAGAGCCAUCCUUGAGAGGGCAGGCGAAGUUGGGUCACCAUGUUACGCGUCUAUGCCAGAUAAGAAGUGGAUCUGAUUCUGAUGACGAUAUAAAGAGUGAAACUCUUGUGUCUUUACUCCGUCUGCUUGAAAGUCCUAUGGCAUUCAACAAUGUUAAUCUUCGACACUAUUUGUUUUGCGUGUUACAAGUCCUUUCAGGAAGGCCCCCGACACUUUACGGAGUCCCAAGAGAUGAAACUAUGCGAAUGGGCCAUGCAGAGACUUGCAGUGAACUGAAAAAUAUUUUUGCAGCUCUUGUUAAGCAAUCAAAGCCUGUGGAGCCUCCCAUGGAUGCCCCUAAUAUAUUACACAUGGAGCCUACUGUGGACAUCUCUAACCCAUCACCAAAUACGUACCAUACUAUGGACAUCCCUGACUUCCCAUGUCCAGACCCUACUGCAGACAUGUCUAACCUAUCACAACCUGAGCCCACUGUGGACAUUAUUAACCUAACACAACCUGAGCCCAAUGUGGACAUUCUUAACGUAUCACAACCUGAGCCCACUGUGGACAUUAUUAACCUAACACAACCUGAGCCCAAUGUGGACAUUCUUAACGUAUCACAACCUGAGCCCACUGUGGACAUUCUUAACCCAUCACAUCUAGAGCCUACUGCAGAUCCUCUCGUGCAUACUCCUAACUUCUCACAUGACGGUUUAGUUAUUCCGGAAGCUUCCAAGGAAGCUGACACUGUUUCAAACAGUCAUGAGCGGAGGAAACCAGUGGUUAAGAUUCGGGUCAAACAAUCUGUGGCAUCAAGUAGAGCUGAAGAUGUUGAUAAUGCAACGGUUGAAAAAUCUCUAGGCGGGCAUAAUGAUGCUGAUCAUGGGCCGAGCAGUUCUAUUUCUGUGGACGCACCCCAAAGAAAUUUUGUUGAGGCUGUGAGCGUAAGCAAUCAAAAUCUUGAAGAAGUCAACUCGUGUCAUGAUCCUGGUUCCCGGAUGACUGCCAGCAUUGGCAGUGCCAAACUUGCGAGCGGUGAUGAACUCGGAAAGGAACUCCAGUGCACUGCGGACUCUAGCAAAGUUUCCACGCUCCCUCAAACUGAUGAUCGAUCUUCACCAAGUAUCGCAAAGGAUAACGGAGGGACGACUAAAAUGCAAAAAUAUGUUAGUCUUCAAACCCUUUCUGUCACAAGACACGGUGUUGAUAGUGUUUCAUUGGACACUCAUUCGCAUGGGAAGGAGAGAGCAAAGAAGAAAGACAAGGAGAAGAAACGGAAACGGGAUGACCGCAAAGGUCGCCGAGACGAUCCAGAGUAUUUAGAACAGAAACGGUUGAAGAAGGAGAAGAAGCAGAAGAAAAAAGAGAUGGCAAAGGUAUCUUCUUUGGUAGAUUUGCAAAAUACGAAAGGUAAACCCCAAACAAAAUUGAUAAUGUUUGGUGAGGAAGCAAAGAAAGUUGAAUUUGAAACUAGGUUAACAACAAUGGUGAGCCAAGAGGCUAAAUCAUCAUCGGUGGAGAUUCAAGGUAAGGAACAAAUUGUGCAAUUGAAUGCGGGCGACACCGGUGGUGGAUCGAAUUUAGUGACAAAGAUGAUGGAUAGCCGAGCUGACGCAUCGGAAGCAAGUUCUUCCCACAAAUUUCGAAUUAAAAUUAAAAACCGAACGCUCAACAAAUCGUAAUGAAUGCAAUUUUGAGGUCUUAUUGGAAUUGAAACUUCUAAUGAGUUGUAUAUGUUCAUAUUUUUGGGCAUGUGUGUAGAAGUAGGUGGUAGUGUGAGAAACUGCUUGUAUUGAUGGCUAAUAUUAUCAAUCCAAAGGUGAUAUUGUUUCUUGUUGUCUA